GUCUAUUCGGCUUCGGCGCCGCCCAGUUCUCCCACUCCUCCGUCCGCCAAAAUUCCCUCCCCAAUUCCUCGUGCUCCCUUCUCGACCGCCGCCGCCGCCUCCUCCUCCUCGCCUGCUGCCUCCCGUCUCCACCGGCUUUUCCCCGCCGCCUCGAAAACCCCAGACCCUAGCCGCAGCCCGCAGGUGUAGCAGCGGGCUGCGGCCGCCGCCUCGCCCCGAUGCCUCGAGCCUUCGAAGAGAUCUCCGACGAGGAGUGGUCGCUUCACACCUUCGAGCCUUCGCGCGUCCUCAAGCGCUCCAACAAGCCGCCCUCGCAGCCUCCGCCGCCGAUCGAUUCAUUCCGCUACAACCCCAAGUCUUCAUCCGCCGCCGGCACCACCACCGCAACAGUCGUCCUCUCCGACGAUGACGACGACGACUUCGACCUAGGCGCGGACGGACGGUCGCGCCGCGCCGCGAAGAGCCAGCGCGGCCUCAAGCGCCCGCAUCACGGGGCCCCUUCGCGGGCCCCUCCGUCGACUGGCUCCUUCCGCCACAAUCAUAAACCCUCCAAGGCCGCGGUGGCCUUGGGAUUGUCCGACAGCGAGGACGAUGACUUCGACAUCACGGACCAUGACUUAGAUCAUCCUGCCUCGCCUUCGAGGACAUCACGCCGGCGCAGCAAAGGGAAGAGCCAACGCGUUCUGAAGCGUCCGCAGCAACGGCCCCAUUCGCAGGCUCCUCCUUCAAUUGGCUCGUUCCGCCACAAUCCCAAGCCCUCAAAGGCCGCUGCCACCACGGGGCUAUCUAACAGUGAGGAUGAUGACUUCGACCUCACAGACCAUGACUUGGACCUUCCAGUUUCAUCUUCCCGGACAUCACCCCGGCGCCGGAAUGCGGGCCGCCGGUUGUUAACUCCUGCCAUUGACAUGUCCGAGGAUGACUUAGACCUUCCUGCCUCGCCUUCGAGGAUGUCAGGCCUGCGCCGCAAAGGGAAGAGCCAACACGUCCUGAAGCAUCCGCAGCACCAGCCCCAUUGGCAGGCUCCGUCAAUUGGCUCGUUCCACCACAAUCCCAAACCCUCCAAGGCUGCCACAGGGCUAUCUGACACUGAUGAUGACGACUUCGACCUCACAGACCAUGACUUAGACCAUGCAGCUCCGCCUUCCAGGACAUUGCGUCUGCGCCGUGCUGCUGGCUGUCGGUUGUUAACUGCUGCCAUUGACAUCUCCGAGGAAGACGAAGACAUAGACCUUGCUGAUGACGACUUUGACUACCAAGACCCGAGGCCUUUUCAGCAACGCCCCUCUGGUCGACGAUUCGUGAUUGGGGAUGAUGACGGCAGUGAUGUUCCUGUAGCAGUGGAUGGGGAGGACGAUGAUGUGGUGAACUGGUCGGAGCUGGAGAACGAGGAUGAAGACGAGGAGUGCAAUGGGGGGACAAAUGUGCAUGUGGAGGAGCGCGGAGGAGAUGUUGUGGGAAUGGCAUUGCGCAAGUGCUCACGCAUCUCGGCAGAUCUGCGACAGGAGCUUUUUGGUUCAUCAGCACGGAAUAUUGAAAGCUAUGCUGAAACAGAUGCUUCUACUUGCCGGAUUGUUACCCAGGAAGAUGUGAAUGCUGCAUGCACAAGUGAGAAUUCAGGGUUUGACCCUGUUUUGAAGCCGUAUCAGCUUGUGGGAGUUAAUUUUCUUCUCCUAUUGCAUCGGAAAAGCAUUGGCGGAGCAAUUCUGGCUGAUGAAAUGGGUCUUGGGAAGACAGUGCAGGCUGUCACUUAUCUUACUCUGCUGCGGCAUCUAUAUAACGACCCAGGUCCACAUCUGAUAGUUUGCCCAGCUUCUGUGUUGGAAAAUUGGGAAAGAGAACUCAAGAGGUGGUGCCCUUCGUUUUCAAUCAUCAUGUUUCAUGGAGCUGGAAGGACUGCCUACUCAAAGGAAUUAAGCUCCUUAGGCAAGGCUGGCUGUCCAGCCCCAUUUAAUGUCCUUCUUGUUGGCUACACACUUUUUGAAAGACGAAGUGCUCAACAAAAGGAUGAUCGUAAGGCCCUGAAAAGAUGGCGAUGGAGUUGUGUUUUGAUGGAUGAAGCACAUGUUCUAAAAGAUAAGGGCAGCUUCCGAUGGAGAAACCUGAUGGCUGUUGCGCAACAUGCACGUCAAAGGCUAAUGCUGACAGGAACUCCUCUUCAAAAUGAUUUGCAUGAGCUAUGGUCAUUGUUGGAAUUCAUGAUGCCUGACAUAUUUGCCACUGGAGAUGUUGAUCUGAAGAAGCUGCUGAAUGCAGAAGAUCACAGACUAAUUUCACGCAUAAAGUCCAUUUUAGGGCCCUUUAUUCUUAGACGUUUGAAGUCAGAUGUAAUGCAGCAGCUUGUUCCUAAAAUACACCAUGUUAAGUUUGUCAUCAUGGACACAGAGCAGUCUAAAGCUUACAAAAAUUCCAUAGAUGAAUACCGUAGUGCUUGUCAAGCUCGUAGUACCAAGUCUUCAGUUGACAUUACCAAUAAUGUUGUUGGAUUGAUCCCAAAGCGGCAAAUAUCAAAUUAUUUUACACAGUUUCGCAAGAUCGCGAAUCAUCCUUUGCUUAUAAGGCGUUUUUAUAGUGACAAAGAUGUUGAUCGAAUUGCAAGGUUGCUCUACCCUAAAGGUGCAUUUGGCUUUGAAUGUACCUUGGAGAGAGCAAUCCAAGAGCUAAAGAACUACAAUGAUUUUGAUAUCCACCAACUAUUAAUAUCAUAUGGUGAUGCGGGUACAAAAGGUGCUCUAACAGAUGAGCAUGUUUUUGCAUCAGCGAAAUGUCAGACCUUAGCAGAGCUUUUACCUUCUCUAGCAAAUAAUGGUCACAGAGUACUCAUAUUUAGUCAGUGGACCACAAUGCUUGAUAUUCUUGAAUGGGCACUGGAAGUAAUAGGAGUUACAUAUAGACGUCUUGAUGGGGGGACACCUGUAACAGAAAGGCAAACUAUAGUGGACACUUUCAACAAUGAUCGUUCCAUAUUUGCAUGUUUACUUUCUACAAGAGCUGGAGGUCAAGGGCUGAACCUUAUAGGAGCUGACACAGUCAUUAUACAUGACAUGGAUUUUAACCCCCAGAUGGACCGGCAAGCUGAAGACCGCUGCCAUCGCAUUGGACAACAGAAACCUGUCACUGUCUACAGGUUAGUGACAAAAGGUUCGGUUGAUGAAAACAUAUAUGAGAUUGCGAGGCGGAAGUUGGUGCUAGAUGCUGCAAUUCUUCAAUCUGGAGCAGAGUUAGAUAAUAGCACUGAUGUACCAGAGAAGACAAUGGGAGAGAUUUUGGCAUCUCUUCUCCUGGCCUGAAGUUCUAAUCAUGGAGUGUCUCAGAGGUUUGCAGUGAUCCCUCACUCUCUGGCAUUUUCUUAAUCAAGCUUGCCAGUCCCAUAUUUUCAUCGUUGUUAUGUGUUCUUUUAUGCUUGGUGCUUGGAUAAUCUGCUUGUGAAGUUCUGUUAGAGUUCAUCUUUCUUGCUGAGGCAGUUAUAGUAAGUUAAGCAUUUUCAAUCAGAUCAUGUGACAUAUGGGUUUAUAUUACUUUGAGGUCAUCCCCUGUCUUUUGCCAUUAGAGCACUUCAACUUUGAUUGUCAUAUUAGAAUAUGGCUCAAAGGUGCACCACUUAUUAUAUUUCUUUAUCCCCCUGUUAAGAUUUGCCAUUAGGGGUGCAAGUUUUUGUUUCUUUGGAUCAUUGGGUUGACCAUAAACUCAUCCAAAUGUACUAACAAGAUUGAAAAUGAUCUAGGGGAUUGACCUCGAACUACCAUGCAGCACACAUUUUCAUUCGUGGAUGAGGUUUUAAUGAAUGUAAAUUAUCAUUUGUGACCUGAAGUAGAGAAAUAACCUGACACCUGUGAUGGUAUCAGUUAUAAUAGGAGCAUGACACUUGACUAGCACUUUCAAACUGCUCUGUACAAUGCCAUUUUUCUGACUUCCAAUACUCAUACCAGAAUGUGCUCUUUCUUUCUUUC